UCAUUUCAUCAGCUUGACAUGGCUGUCGGAGUUUGGAACCAUGGCGCUGGGGACUGCGCAUGGAUAUGGAUAUGGCUAUGGGGCCAGCCGGCCUAUCCGCCAAUCAGAGCCAGACACCAGCGAAGAAACCGAUGGUGAGUCAGCAAGCUGCAGUGCCAGUGAUUGCACUGGCACAAAUAGCAAUGAUGAGGCUGAAGUGGAGCGAGUUCAGGUUGAGGUCGGCUCAGGUGUACAGGAAGGGCAAGUUGCUCCUUUGCCAAGACGGCGAAGUGUGACUUUCCAAGAACAAGUCUUGGUCAUCACCGACACGUCAAGAGAGUUCACCACUCUUGCCAAGCAAGGGGCUGUCAAGAGACGCUUUAAGGAACCGCCGGCACCAAGCAAACGCCUACGAGCUUCGGGAACUUCCGGCCAAAACGCUGCUGAGGCCCAGGAAGUUGGUGCCAGCCCAGUACAAGGACAAGAAGCAGAAGGAGCAAAUGCAGCGGCAGAUGGUGGGGAUUGUGAAAGGAACGUCCUGCCCUUGUCCGCAAAUCAGGCGAUUUCUAACGUUACACACGCUGAAGAAAGAUCAGCUCACCUGGGACAUGAGCAGGGUCUGUCAGCACAGAAACCGCCUGAUGAUCCUCCAGAUCGCAAAACUGGAGAAGGUGGCGCAAGUCAGGCGGAAGGGAAGGAGGAGAAGCACAAAAAAGAGGACAUGAACAUGAUUCUUGCAGCCGUGGAACAUGGUGUCAACGCCGCCUUGAAGGAGAAGCCAGAAGAGCUGCCAUCUUCGGGAAACCCAGCAGCCCACAAGGCCAAAGCAGCAAGGAAGGAAGCGAAAGACAAAGAGAAGAAGAAGGAGAAGAAGGAGAAGACGGACAAGAAGGAGAUAAAGGAGACAAAGGAGAAGGAGAAGAAGGAGAAGAGGGAUAAGAAGGACACGAAGGACACGCAUCCUGACAAGAAGGAAAGAACAAAGAAGUGUUCGGACAAAGAAAGCUUGAGCGAGACGAGGUGGUGGUCUGUCAUGGGGCGUACCAGGGCGAUUGAGAUCAUCUGGUGUCAGCCCCGAGUUAGCAAGCCAGUUUGUGAAGUAUGUGCAAUGUGCUGCAUAGGUGACGUGCUGGCAGACGGUCGGUUGGGGGUGUUCACUUACCCGGAAACCUGUGGGGUUGAUUUCCUUGCCCUUGUCAGCCUCCCAACAAACAAAACACUGUUUCAACCGGUUCCGUUCUUGUGUGGUUGUGCAGCCUUCCGAAACCUUGAUGUGCUUGCUGGGUAUCAUCGUGUGUGGCAUGCAUAA